AGCAGGUCAAUUGCACUUUUAUUUAUGUUUGACCAUGCCUUACCUACCUAGAAUAAAAGCGAUUGAUUAGUUUGAACGCAACAGCUUUUAGAAGAUGCUUCGACGAUUGGCGAUUUUCGGCAUUGUCCAAGUAAUGAUCGUCUCCACAGAGUACGACUGGAGGGGAGACGCACAAUUAGGCUUCUACUACUACAUGAACCAAGAGUUCGGAUACGGUCAUGUGCAACAACCAAUCAAAUAUAGCAGUGAUCUCGAGGAUGUCUAUUCUGUCACCUUUACUUUGAGAAAAGGCGCAACUCCAUCUGAAAUCAUUGAAGGUGCUGCUGGUUCACUGCAUAGAUUGAGUCAGACCGCACAGGAUGUGGUCCAACAGGGAAUGGUAUUCGGAACUCUCAAUGUUGGAUGCCGGCGAGAAGACGCACUAGACAAUGAUAAGGAAUUGUAUAUUUGCAAUUUCUUCAAUUAUUGGAAGUAUUAUUAGUAAUUAUUAUAGAAGUGCUUUUCCGUCAUUCAAACAUUUUGUAAAGAGUUUCUUCUAAUUUCCGAAUGCGGUUAGCAAAAGUGUGCCCUUGUAUUCAGCAUGUCUUUACCUUCUGAACAAGUGUUAUCGACAGAUGUUUCCAUGCUAAUUGCUUGUAUGCGGAUUGAGUCUUUAUCAUC